CCCUCGCCAGCGCAUCGUGUGAUCUAGACUCCGUAACCUUCGCUUUCUCGUCUUCAUGUUGUGCGACACCCAAAUUCCUCACGAAAACCACUUGCAUUCCCUUCCCCGAUAGCCAUCAUGGAGACUGUCGACCGUCCUCCCAAAAUGUCGCGCUACCGCUCCGUGCGAAAGGCCCAGCAGCAACACCUCGACACCGCGCCUGCCGACCCGCUUCCUUCCCUCCCCAUGCCAGACGCAAAUCCGGCUCCCGUAGGCGUGGCACGCAGCAUGUCGCGUUAUCAUCGCUCGAAAUCUGUGAGGAGUGCCAACGCCCCGGUCGUCCCUGCGAUGCGCAGCCCGCCAAAUACAGCUCCAGGGUCACCCCCGAACGAGGGGAUGCGGAUGCGAUCGACGACGAACCCUGGCCGCUCCCCCACCAGUGACGGUAGCAACACUGUUCCAACCUCGCCGAUUCCAUCGCAAUCACGAUCUGGAAUGGUCUCACAAGCCGCGCGUCCCUUCACCUCGGCGCGCAAUGCGCAAACCGCGCCCACGUACAUGCCGCAACCACAUCAACCCCUCACGGCGCAUGAGGAGGCACGUCAGUUGAUCGCUAAUGAGACGGAGCGGCAGAGGCGGAUGCGGGAGAAACAACAGCAGGAGAAGCGGGAACGGGAGCGAUUGCUGCAGCGGGAAGCGGAAGUGGAACGCAGGGGUCGGGAAGAGGAGGACAAGGAGGCCCAGCGAUUACAAAAGGAACAGGAGCAUGUCGAAAGGGAGAGGGCGAAGGCGAUGAGCAAGCUCAGCAACCAUUCCAGAUCCCAUGACCAGGAACCGGCACGAUUACCAGCCACAAGGGAAGCGAGCCUGCCUAAGAGCCUGCCCAAGAGCCUGCCCAAGAGCCUCCCAAGCUCGGGGACGGACAAGGAACCGUCGCAUUCGAAGAUGGGAUUUGGCUUCUUGAGGAAGAAAGAACACGAUGCGCCAACUCAGCUUCUAAAAGAAACGAAACCAUACAUCGAAGCAACGAUUCGGCCAGGUGGAGGCGGGAUCGUCCCUCGCGUCGAUGCGCCACUAUCGGCUGUCAAUGCUGGAGACCGACGUGUCACGAUUGAGUGCGAGAACUCGCGUAUCAUGCUUCCGGUAACUCCUACGACGACACCCAUGGACUUGAUCCGGUCAGCGGAGAUCUGUUUGUCACAGGCCGUCGACACGAAGACGGCCGUGGUCCUCGAGCUAUUCGAGAAAGUUGGCGUACAACGACCGGUACGAAGAUACGAGCAUAUCCGAGACGUGCUCAACUCUUGGGACGAGGACACUUCCAAUACCUUAAUCCUCAUCCCUUCCUCCGCCGAGAACAAUGAUGACCUCGUCGCGGAAACGGUUCCCCGCCAAAAACCAAAGGGGUCCUGGCCGGUCCUGUACUCUCAAACCCCGUCCAAAUGGUCGAAACGCUGGGUUUACAUCAACCAAGACGGACAAGUGACGGUCUCCAAGAAUCGCGACGCUUCCACAAAAGACCAAACCAACGUGUGUCAUCUCUCCGACUUCGAUAUCUACACCCCGACCCCACGGCAGCGGAAACACAAGGUGAAGCCCCCGAAAAAGCAUUGCUUCGCCAUCAAGAGCCAACAGAAAUCGAGCAUGUUUAUGUCCACCUCGACCUUUGUGCACUUCUUCUGCACCCCCGACAAGCAACUCGCCGACGACUUCUAUCGAGCCGUCCAAGGCUGGCGGAGCUGGUAUCUUGUCCACGUCCUCGGCGAAGGGGAAAAGAAGCCCAGUCCGAAACGCAGCGACCAGCGAGAGGGCCCACCGCUCGGGAGGUCGAAUACCACCGCCGCCGCACGCCUUCGCCGCAACUCCACCAACUCCAUCGAAUCCCACUACCAACUCGGUUCCUUCCAACCCCUCCUCGACUUCUCGGAGUUCACCAGCUCUCACGUCCGCCAACCCAGCGCCACCACCAACCCCUCCACCCAUCCCCGACCUUCCAUCGAUACCCCCCGCGCCCUCCACACCCGCAAACCCUCCCUCCGCACCCGCGCCCCCCCAAGCGCCUUCCCCGCCCGCUACGCCACCGACACCACCCCUCCCUCCAGCCCCCCUGACGUCAACCCACCCCACCAACCCCUCCUCACCCUCGCCGACCCCGACGUCUUCGUCCCCACCUCCCUUCUCGGCCGCACCUACACCCAACGCCAAAAAGCCCAACAAGACCGCGACCGCAACGCCCCUCCGAAACCCUUCUCCGACCGUCCCCCCACUGCCACCGCAUCCAACCCCCCCGCCCGCACCACCUCCACCCGCUCCUCCCAUCCCCGCCCCUCCACCGACACCAAACCCCUCGUCGACCUCACCCCAACCUACCGUCCCCCGCCCCAACACGCCCGCAAAGGCCGUGGCGUGCCCCUCCCCUCGUCAGGUGGCGUGCUGAUCGGGCUCGCAGGCCGCGCUGUCGGGCCUGAUGGGUAUGACCUUUGCAGUCCAGAGCGCGCGGUCGGGGUGGAGCGGGGUAAGAGUUUGCGGGGGCAAGGGGUGAAGGUGCAGCACGUAUCGUCGGGGGCUGGGUAUCAGGGAGGAGAGGAGGCGGGAUUUACGGGUGGGGGGCUGUUGGCGGGGAGUCGGAGCGGGCAGGGGGUGGGGAAGGGAAGGGGGGUGAUGAGUGGGACGCAGGCGAGGGGGCCGAUGGUGGAUGUGAGGGAGCAGAGUCGGUUUGCGGAGGGGAGUUUGUUGGGAAGGAUUGCGAGGAGGGAGGGGGAUGCCCCGAUUGAGCGGGGGUAGGUGGGGCUGGAGUUUGUUCAUUUGGGUUGAGCGGGUUGAGCGUGCGGAGAUAUCCGGGGUAGAUUUACGUUGGAUUUAGCUGUAUUUGGAUGGAUUGCGUUGGAGAACCCAGAUACGUAUGAUAUAUGUUUAUGAAGGAAUGUUAUGACCAUCUCUAUCGAGUCUCUAUGAUAUCCUUGCGGGUCCAUUAUAAACCAUAUCCACAAA